AUGGCCACCGGUGCGUCCUAUCCAUUCUCACUCGGUAGCCUGGCCCAUUGCAACUCCACCCCGCUCCCGUCCCACUCUAACAACAUCUUCGUGGCCCCUCGACGCAGCCCUCCCACCACUAGGUCCUCCCCAACAGCGCACCCUUCCGCCCUCAUAUAUCACCCACAUCCUUGGGAACUGAGAAGCGAUGAUAUUGUGGAAUUCGGUAUCGACAUUGUCGGCGACGACAACAAGAUCCUCCACUACACGGUCGCCGCCCCACGAACGCCACCAAAGACGAUGAGACCCGACGGCGCGACUUGCAGCGACAAGAAGGUCCAAGAUGCAGCUGAGGGUUGA